AUGCUGCUGAUUGUAUUCUUCCUGAUCACCUCAACCACCUGUCAACCAUACACAUUCCAACAGAACCAGCCCAUCAAAGCGAGUUUCCAAUCGGCUUUAUUCCAAGAUUGUGCCCGUGGUUGUGUCGCGUUAUCCACAAGUCAAACCAAUUGUAAAGGAUUUAAUUUCACGGAACCAGCUCAAUCAUUCGGCGAAUAUGGAACUAAAAUCUCAUGUUUUUACCCAACAAGCGGUCCAUACGAUUUUGUGCUCAGAAAUAGUGAUGUAAGGUGUCCAAAUCCGGGUGCUGCGAACUUUUCAUCAAAUAUUACACAACCCAAGACAUGUCAAGCUGGAUGGCAACUCUUUAAUGGGGAAUGUUACAGUGUGCAACCAUAUAGUACCAAGCUAUGCGCAAAUUUUGGUGCCACUGUUCCGCAAAUUGGAAGUCUUGCCGAGAAUAUAUUUAUUGCAGAUAUGCUGAACACGGGCUGUGAAAUGGUUGGCACCUGGAAUAAACAAACGGCUUUGAUUGGUGGAACGGCAAAUAAUAAAGCGCAAGUGUUUGUUGGAAACACCCAACAAAUUGCCCCAUUCUCGGCAUUGCAACGUGCAGCCUCUGCAACGCGAAACCAGCUUGUGAUGCACUCAAGCACGUGUACCGGUGAUAAUGCACUUGGAUGGUGGUAUCCGACAAAUAAAGGCGUUGACGGUCUUCCAUCAAUGAUUUGCAAGAUGAAC